AGCAGCCAGAGUGCCGACUCCGCCCUCGCCUCGUGCAAGUCGCCUAAGUGGGGCGUGUCGCUGUGGGCGGGAUCGAGUGCGGUGCUGAUGCUGGCGCGUCUGUUUCAGGGGUGCAGGUAGAACGGCUGGGCUAGCACCGUUUGCAUCAGCGACGGGUGAAUUAAGGGGGGAAGCUGCAUAUUGACUGCUCCGGGAACUGGAUAAAAAAAUAACUGAAAAGCGCAUCAUCACAUCCAGGAAUUUCUUUUUACAGCCUUCACCUCAAUUUCGACAUUGCAAGACGGAUUUCGGAAAACUAGUCAGGAGCUUGGAGUUGCGGAGCAUGCUAGAAUCUGGACGGGACUGUUGUAGCAGGGAGUGUGUGUGUGCUUCCAAACCAUGAGUUCCGGCGGCAGGCUACUGCAUUUGGGAUAGCUCACACGCUCAUUCGUCAUCUAGCACACACAAAAGGCUCUGCUGUGAACCCUUCGCCUUCUGCCUGAAGGAAGAGAGCGAGAGAGAAAAACCACAUUGUGCUGAUUGGAACGUCUGAAUUGACUCUCCAUUUCCUCAAGAGCUUUUAUCUGGACUCGUGCGGCUCUCUUUGUGAAUCGGGAGUUUAAUUGCGGGUGAUAAAAUUAGCCCGUUUCCACAGCGUCCGCGCGUAUAUCCUUUCCCCAGGACCAGAGGCCCUGGCCAAUGGAGAGACAGAGACGGGAGUCUGGCUAGAGCAGAGGAGACGGAACAAAAGCGCUGAAGAGGAGAAAAGUGCCGAGUUGCCAGAGUGGCGAAUCGCGUCCCGCGAGGUUUGGCUUUCACGCUCACCACUCUAACCGCUGGACGCAUCUGCGGAUCCCAGGUGUCAGCAGCUUCCUCUGCUCCCAGCUGCGUUACCAAAACAAACAAUAUAAACAUCAAAACAAAAACAAACGCGACCACACACACACACACACACACACACUCACACUAAAAGACACAUUACCAUACGAGUGUGGAGUGUGAGGCGGGGCCAUAUCCCAUCUAAACACACACACACACACAGACGGUGUGUUAUCUGUGUAAAGGCGUUGAACACACUCGGGCGUUAAACAUGGCGGCAGAAAAGAGUGUGUGUGCCAGGGGGAGGGGUCCCCUGCUGGCUGUGGUGCUGCUCAGCGUCCUGAUGUCGGCGCAGGCCAUCGAGUUCGGGGGCGCCCCGGGUCAGUGGGCCCGCUACGCCCGCUGGGAGGCGGGUGCGGUCGGCGAGCUGAGCUUCAGCCUCAAGACCAACGUCAGCAAGGCGCUGGUGCUCUACCUGGACGACGGCGGCAACUGCGACUUCCUGGAGCUCCUGGUCUCUGGCGGUCACCUGCAGCUGCGUUUCGCCAUCCACUGCGCCGAGCCGGCCUCGCUGGCCAUGGAGACGCGUGUCAGCGACGACCGCUGGCACAUGGUGCUGCUCACGCGCAACUACCGCGAGACCAUGCUGAUGGUGGACGGCGAGACCAAGGUGGCCGAGGUGCGCUCCAAGCGCAAAGAGAUGGCGGUGGUCAGCGAUCUGUUUGUGGGCGGCAUCCCGCCGGACGUGCGUCUGUCGGCGCUCACGUCCAGCACGGUGAAGUACGAGCCGCCGUUCCUGGGGCUCAUCUCCAACCUGAAGGUGGGCGAGAUGCCCCCAACGCUGCUCAACAGCCAGGGCAUCCAGAGCGACCUGGAGUACCUGUGCACCAAGCAGAACCCCUGCCUCAACGGAGGCUUCUGCUCCAUACAGUUCGGGGAGGUCCACUGUGACUGCUCGCACACGCGCUUCAAGGGGAAGUACUGCAAGGAAGAAGAAUACGCCGUGGAAGGUCUGGCGCACCUGACGUUAAACAGCCAAGGCGACUCAUCGCAAGCUGGGAGGGAAGAGUCUGUGGCCACGUUCAAAGGGAACGAGUUCUUCUGCUACGACCUGUCUCUGACGCCGAUCCAGAGCAGCACUGACGAGAUCACGCUGUCCUUCCGCACGCUGCAGCGCAACGGUCUCAUGCUGCACACGGGCAAGUCCGCGGACUACGUCAACCUGUCCCUGAAGAGCGGCGCCGUCUGGCUGGUCAUCAACCUGGGCUCGGGCGCCUUCGAGGCCCUCGUAGAGCCUGUCAACGGCAAGUUCAACGACAACGCCUGGCACGACGUCCGCGUCACACGCAACCUGCGGCAGGUGACCAUCUCGGUGGACGGCAUCCUGACCACCACUGGGUACACCCAGGAGGACUACACCAUGCUGGGCUCCGACGACUUCUUCUACAUCGGCGGGAGCCCCAACACGGCCGACCUGCCCGGGUCACCUGUCAGCAACAACUUCAUGGGCUGCCUCAAAGACGUGGUCUACAAGAACAACGACUUCAAGCUAGAGCUCUCCCGUCUGGCCAUCGAUCGCGACCCCAAGAUUAGUCUCCAUGGCGACUUGGUGUUCCGCAGAGGGGCGGCAGCAGCUGGACCCGUCACCUUCGAGGGCAGCGAAUUAGUAUUACAUCGCCUGCCCAAGUGGGACACCAAGAAGACGGGCUCCAUCUCCUUCGACUUCCGCACCACCGAGCCAAGCGGCCUGCUGCUCUUUAGCCACGGAAGGGUCCAGAACCCCAAAGAGCAGCGCGUGGGCCGGGACCUGAAGGCCGACUACUUCGCCAUGGAGCUGCUGGACGGCUACCUGUACCUGCUCAUGGACAUGGGUUCGGGCAGCAUCAAGCUCAAGGCCAGCAACAAGAAGGUCAACGACGGAGAGUGGUGCCAUGUGGACUUCCAAAGGGAGGGACGCAAAGGCUCCAUCUCUGUGAACAGCCGCACGAUGCCCUUCAACUCCAACGAGGGCAGCGACUUCCUGGACCUGGACGGGGACAUGUACCUGGGCGGGCUGCCCGAGACGCGGCAGGACAUGGUGCUGCCGCCGGAGGUGUGGGACGGGCGCUCAGCUCAGCCUCAACCGGCUCGCGGGCGCGACCUCUUCAUCGACGGCAAGAGCCGUGACGUGCGGCGGCUGGCGGAGAUCCAGAGCGUGGCGGGCGUCAGCAGCUUCUGCACCCGCGAGCUCCAGAAGCGCUGCAGCAGCGCCCCCUGUGCCAACGCCGGGAUCUGCAAGGAGGGCUGGAACCGCUACGUGUGCGACUGCACCGGCACCGGCUACCUCGGGCCCAACUGCGACAUCGAGGCGACGGUGCUGAGCUAUGACGGCAGCAUGUACCUGAAGAUCAUCAUGCCGCGCACGCUGCACACGGAGGCGGAAGACGUGGCGCUGCGCUUCAUGUCCCAGCGCGCCUACGGCUUGCUCAUGGCCACCACCUCCAAGGAGUCCGCCGACACUCUCCGCCUCGAGCUGGACGGCGGCCGCGUCAAGCUCACCGUCAACCUAGAUUGUAUCAGGAUAGACUGUAAUCUAAGUAAAGGGCCAGAGAUGCUGUAUGCCGGUCAGAAGCUCAAUGACAACGAGUGGCACAUGGUGAAAGUAACCAGGAGAGGCAAGAACCUGCAGCUCACAGUGGACAACAUCACAACUGAAGGUCAGAUGACGGGCGCGCACACGCGGCUGGAGUUCCACAACAUCGAGACGGGCAUCAUGACGGAGCGGCGCUUCAUCUCCGUGGUGCCGUCCAACUUCAUCGGGCACCUGCAGGGCCUGACGCUCAAUGGUGCCCCCUACCUGGACCAGUGCAAAAACGGCGACAUCUCGCACUGCGAGCUCAACGCCCGCUUCGGCAUGCGCCACAUCAUCGCUGACCCGGUCAUAUUCCGGAGCAAAGGCAGCUACCUGGCGCUAGCCACGCUGCAGGCGUACGCCUCCAUGCACCUCUUCUUCCAGUUCAAGACCACCACGGCCGACGGCCUUCUGCUCUUCAACAGCGGCGAUGGCAGCGACUUCAUCGUAGUGGAGCUCGUCAAAGGGUACAUCCACUACGUGUUUAACCUGGGCAACGGGCCAUCUCUAAUGAAGGGCAACUCGGACAAGCCGCUGAACGACAACCAGUGGCACAAUGUGGUGGUCUCCCGGGACAGCAACAACGUCCACACGCUCAAGAUCGACUCACGCACCGUCACCCAGCACUCCAAUGGAGCCCGCAACCUGGACCUCAAAGGAGAGCUGUACAUCGGUGGCGUGGCGAAGAGCAUGUAUGCUGGUCUGCCCAAGCUGACGUCCCGCGACGGUUACCAGGGCUGCCUGGCGUCAGUGGACCUGAAUGGCCGGCUCCCGACCUCAUCGCCAGAUGCCCUCCACAGGGUGGGCCAGGUGGAACGAGCUCUGCGGCGGUCAGUGUGUGUGUGACCCAGCACCACCUGCACGGAGGACUCCUGCUCGAAUCAGGGGGUGUGUCUGCAACAGUGGGAGGGCUUUUCCUGCGACUGCACCAUGACGUCCUAUGGAGGCACAUACUGCAGUGACCCUGGGACGACCUACAUCUUCGGCAGGGGAGGAGCCCUCAUCACGUACACCUGGCCACCCAACGACCGGCCGAGCACCAGGGCGGACCGGCUGGCCGUGGGCUUCAGCACGCAGCUCAAGGACGCCGUGCUGGUCAGGGUGGAGAGCGCGCAGGGACUCGGGGACUACCUGGAGGUCCACAUACCUCCUGCCUGUCCUGUCUUCAGCAGCAGCAUCGUGCCCUUCAUCAUAGCAACCACUCUCAGGCUUCCUGCCAGGAGCUAUGAUAAUGAACGCCUGGCAAUUGCUAGACAAAGAAUCCCGUUUCGACUCGGUCGAGUAGUCGACGAGUGGCUACUCGAAAAAGGUCGUCAGCUGACCAUCUUUAACAGCCAGGCGUUCAUAAAGAUCGGUGGUGGUGAGAAGGGCCGUCACUUCCAGGGUCAGGUGUCGGGACUCUACUACAACGGCCUGCAGGUGCUGAAGCUGGCGGCCGAGGGCAACCCUAACGUCCAGGUGCAGGGCAACCUGCGUCUGGUGGGCGACGUGCCCUCGGUGCUGGCCACCGACACCACCGCCACCACGCCACUCGCCGACAUGUCCACCACCAUCAUGGAGACCACCACCACCAUGGCAACCACCACCACCCGCAAGCAGCGCUCGCCAACCAUACGGGACAGUGUCACACAGAACACAGACGACCUGUUUGUCGCCUCAGCGGAAUGUCCAAGUGAUGACGAGGACCUUGAGGAGUGUGAGCCGGGAAAUGGAGGUGAACUAGUGUUGCCCAUUAUAACAGUGGACUCCCUCGACCCCCCUCCAUCGCCACGCGCUUCCCUGUCCUUCCCCCCCCCACCCUACCGCCCCUUCCUCACACUGCUUGAGACCACUAAAGAGUCUCUGACCCUGCCUAACGGGGCGCGGCCGCCCUGCCCGCUGGACCAGGAGGACUGCGACGAGCCCGCGGAGGUGUCGGCCUACGGCUCGGGCGAGAUGACCGAGUCGGACGACGAGGACUAUAACAAAAACUCGCCCCUCGUCACCGACCGCACCAUCCUCCCGCCUCCUCCUCCGGCGGUGGCGGCCGAAGGGGGCGUCCAACUGAGCCCCCGCGACCGCCACUUCUCCCGCGCCCCGCCCCUGCCCCCUAGCAACAGCAACAACAACCCCCCCGACCCACCGCACCAUCACCGCCCCCCUUUCUCCUCCACCCCCACCGCCAACCCUGAGCAGCUGGGCCCGCGCGUCAAGCCUGGCGGCCCUGCGGGCAAGAUGAACACCCGCGGCCAGGUGCUCCUGCCCCCUGUAGCCCCGGGGUCGACCGCCCCCGACCGCCCCCUCGGCAUCACGCACCCACCCAACUUCCCUCGUGUUCCCACUACAGAUCCAUCCUCGCCGGACCGGGGCCCGCCCGGCGCCGUGGAAGUGAUCCGAGAGUCCAGCAGCACCACGGGCAUGGUGGUGGGCAUCGUCGCCGCGGCAGCCCUCUGCAUCCUCAUCCUCCUGUACGCCAUGUACAAGUACCGCAACCGCGACGAGGGCUCCUACCAGGUGGACCAGAGCCGCAACUACAUCAGCAACUCGGCCACGCAGAGCAACGGCACGCUGGUCAAGGAGAAGCAGCCAGGCAUGGCCAAAACCACCACCAAAAACAAGAAGAACAAGGACAAGGAGUACUACGUCUGAGGACCAGACUCUGGAGAGGAGGAGAAACAGAGAGAGAGAGACAAGGAGAAGAGAGAAGGAGAGAGAGGGAGAGACAAGGAGAGAGAGAGAGAGAGAGAAGUGGAUUGGCUUCAUCAUUGUCACUUCCGAUCACAUAUUCACUUGAUUUACAUGUUUAUUAAGUGUUGUCUACAAGCUUUCCUAAUGAUAGGGAACUAGCCUCCCUCCCAUUCACAUCUCAGUACUGAUGCUAAGGCAGGAUGCUAAUCAGAAUGGGAACCCAUAACACAGCCCUUAUGGUCAUGGGUUCGUAAAGUCUCAGCUAACACAGAGAAAAGCAAAGAUGCCGCCAAACAUAUUGUUAUAAUACCUGUAUAUGUGCCAAUAGCCGUAACGUGUUCCUGCAGUUCCAGUAUAAGACCGCAGGGGGCACUGUCACAGCAUUUACUAGCCACUAAAGUGAUUCAUCCAACUGAGGGAGAUGUUCAAAAAAAAAAAGCUAGAAUCCAUUAGGUGAUUUAGUCUGAAGACAUGAAAGGAACGAAUCAUAAUGACAGAUUCUGGGUUUAGGAUAGAGAAUUAAAUCACCAAAUUUUGAGUCCAAUUAGUGCUGAAGGCAUUAGCAGGAGGUAACAACCACGGCUAAAUCUCAUCACGUAAAAUACUGCCAGUAUAGCUCUGUGUCAAAUACGCCAGCCACUCUGAUCAAAGUAUUCAGAAUCGAACCGCCUCUCAGAGAAACUUGCUCUCUCUCUCUCUCUCUCUCCUCUCUCUCUCUCUCUCUUUCCUCCUGUCCUUCCCUCAAUCCCUCGUUCAUUUCCACCUGUCCUCUCUCUCCCCCUUCUUCUGCUCACCUGCUCUCGCUCUCUCCUCGUGAGUGGUGCCCAGCGGAGGGGUCAAAGGUCAAGCAUGUAGUGUUCAUAGCUGAAAAAGAGACACAAACUGUUUUUACUCAGAAUGGGAAAAAACAAACAAACAAAACAACAACAACGACAACAACAAAUAAGCAAACAUGCAACAGAGACAGCGAGAAUCACCACGACAACUAGCAACACAGGAGAGCUGAAGUGAUGGAUGCCGCAUCCUCAGCUGUCUCCGAACAGCCAAACUGCUCCUGAUCGUCUUUUUUCGUUUUGUAUCAGCUGAUUAUGAGUCAUGUGGUGGGACUUGGACUUAGCCGUCCACGCAAUCUCUGAGACCAGAAGAGAAGAAAAAUAAAAAAAUAAAAAAUGAAAAAAAUAGUAAUACCUAAAGCCGCAAAUGACUCAGUUCUAUAUGAAUAUAUAUGUACAGACAGUGACCGCAAGGACUGAUGGGGCCUAUAUAGAGGAGUGACAGAGAUGCUCGACAAACAGAGCCAUGAAAAGUUGGACUUAAUAUUGUUCCGGAAAAGCUUGUCCAGUCAUCUCCCUCCCCUCACACCCUCUCCAGUUGGGACAACCUGUCGACGUGUGUGUGUUUGUGUGUGUGUGUGUGUGUGUGUGUGUGUGGGUGCCUGCGUGUGUAUUUGUGUGUGUUGGGGUGAACGCAACCUUUCAGCUUGAGGACUGCAAGGACAACCAGGAUACUCGUGUCUAUUGGUUGGUUGAUUUACGUUCCAACGUUUGUUUGUUUUUUAUUUCCCAUUCCAAGCUCUCGUUUCUCCAUUUGCGUUGUGUUUUUUGUUGGCGUCCCUGAGGGAGACUGGUGCUGUGCUUCAGCUGAGAGUGAGACAGAGACUCCGCCUGCCUUUGGCAUCUCAAGAUGGCCGACGCCCAAUCUCUCACCAACCUCCACCACAGUGGACAGCAACGCAGGGACAAACCGCUGGACACUUUCAGUGGAAAGAACCAAGCAGACACACAGACACACACACACACACACACACACACACACACACACACACACACACACACACACACACACAC